AUGUUUCGACGUAAUUAUCUUACUGAACUUAAUGUUAUGAAUAAUAUUGAUGAUAAACAAAUGUUGAUUAAAGAUACACUUGAUAUAAAUCCUAAUGAUCUUCGACAAGAAUUUAAAGAAGCACUUAUUCAAAAAGUUAAAUGUCAACAAAAUAACCAAAAUGAUAAUGAAGAUAAUAAUAAUGAUACAAAUUAUUUAGCUGCAAAAGAAAAUUUUCUUGAUGUUAAAUAUAAAUCUAGUCGGCAAACUAUUAGUGAACAUGCGACAAAAAUUAAUCAGCAAUCUUAUGAUAAAACAGAUAGUACACAACGAAAUGCUAAUAGUGGUCUUGUUCGAAAUCAAGAUCCAAUUCAUGCACCUGCUAAUGUUUGCGUAUCUGUUCGUUGGGAUUAUCAACCUAAUAUUUGUAAAGAUUAUAAACAACCAGGUUAUUAUGGUUUUGGUGAUAUCUGUAAAUUUUUACAUGAUCGUUCUGAUUAUAAACAUGGAUGUAAACGAUAUUAUGUUGAAGAUAAAAGUCGUGGCUAUACAAACGGUUCUCGUCGUCGUUAUGAAGCUGAACCAGAUGAAGAGAUGUUCUGA